AUGGAAUUCAAUUGUGUUCAAUUUCUUCUAAACAAGACGAUUCUUGUCACCGGCGCUACCGGUUUCCUUGCCAAGGUUUUUGUCGAGAAAAUUCUGAGAGUACAACCAAAUGUGAAGAAGCUGUAUCUUGUGGUGAGAGCAUCCGACAAUGAAGCGGCGAUGAAACGCUUACAAGCAGAGGUGUUUGACAAAGAUCUUUUCAAAGUGUUGCGAGAGAAUAUUGGCGAAGAGAAUUUGAAUACAAUGUUGUCGGAAAGAGUUGUCCCGGUAGCUGGUGAUAUCUCGACCGAUAAUUUUGGCGUGAAAGACUCUAAUCUCAGAGAACUUAUGCAAAAGGAAAUCGAUGUUGUUGUAAAUGUCGCAGCCACAACAAACUUUGACGAAAGAUAUGAUGUUGGACUUGGAAUCAACACAUUUGGAGCUCUCAAUGUCCUUAACUUUGCCAAAAAAUGUGUUAAAGCACAAUUGCUUCUCCAUGUCUCAACGGCUUAUGUUUGUGGAGAAAAGUCGGGUCUCCUACGUGAAAAACCAUUCAUAAUGGAAGAGAUUCGAAACGAAGAUGGUCAUCAGUUGGACAUAAACCUUGAAAUGGAACUGAUGAAGCAAAGAUUGAAAGAACUCCAUGAACAACAUUGUUCAGACAAAGAUAUUACUCGCUCCAUGAAAGAACUUGGAAUGGAAAGGGCAAAGCUUCAUGGAUGGCCAAACACAUAUGUUUUCACCAAAUCAAUGGGAGAGAUGCUUCUUGGUAAUCAUAGAGAAAGUCUUCCUCUUGUCAUCAUCCGUCCAACAAUGAUCACCAGCACUGUUUCUGAACCAUUUCCUGGUUGGAUCGAAGGGCUAAGAACUGUAGACAGCGUGAUUAUUGCAUACGGAAAGGGAGUACUCAAGUGUUUUCUUGUCAAUGUGAACUCGGUCUGCGAUAUGAUACCAGUAGAUAUGGUGGCAAACGCCAUGAUCUCUGCUGCAGCUACACAUGCUGGAAAUUCAGAGGUUCACAUGGUGUACCAUGUCGGUUCAUCGCACCAGAACCCUGUGACAUUUGGAGAGAUUCAUGAGAUUUCCGUUCGUUACUUUACUAAAAGCCCUUUGCGUAGUCGCAAUGGCUCUCUCAUAGCCGUCUCAAAAGUGAGGCUUAUAUCAAAUAUGGCUUUGUUCAGCCUCUACAUGACCCUACGUUUCAAACUACCUUUACAGUUAUUGAAACUAAUUGACAUAAUAUAUCCGUGGAGAAGCGGAGAAAAAUACGGAGACAAGAACCGGAAAAUCAAUAUGGUGAUGAGAUUGGUAGAGCUUUACGAGCCUUACGUACUCUUCAAGGGCAUAUUCGACGAUAGAAACACUGAGAGCUUAUGUGUCAGUCAAAAGGAAAAUGAGACCAAUAAUUCGAUAGGAUCAGUGUUUGAUUUUGAUCCAAAAACCAUUAAUUGGGGAGACUAUCUCACAAGUAUUCAUAUUCCUGGCCUCGUCACACACGUGCUUAAGAACUAAAACCACAAACACAUUUUAUUGAACUCUGCAUGUAUAACCAAUAAAAUAGCUUUUUUUUUUUUUUUU